CAAGCCGAUUACAGCUGAUCUCCCACGUGACGUUUUACCUUCUGUCUCCCGGAGCGAGUUGCCCGAGGACAGUCCUCCACAGGCUGCGGCGCGUCGCGCCGCCCCAGCCCGCCGCGGGGGCUCGGGCUCCCGCAACUUUGGGCAAAGCAACGGCGGCCGGCUGCCCUCGCGGGGCCACUCUCCACGCGGGCGUCGGGGGCUCCGGGGGCUUCGCUCGGCCGGGAGGGCGGCGGUGGCGGAAGACAACGUGCCCCGACCACAGCCCAGCGCCCCUCGGACCCGCGCCGCGCCGCGCCCGGAAGGCAGACGGCGUGCCCUGUGCGCGGCGCCCGGAAAGGGGGAGUCCUCCGCCGUCGGGAGCCGAGCGGGCGCGCCUUCGGACGAGCCGGCGGGAGAUGGCCGCGAGGCAGGGGUGAGCCCCCAGCGCCCUCACCAUGCAGAAGAGCGUGCGCUACAACGAGGGGCACGCCUUGUACCUGGCCUUCCUAGCCCGCAAAGAGGGCACCAAGCGCGGCUUCCUGAGCAAGAAGGCAACCGAGGCGAGCCGCUGGCACGAAAAGUGGUUCGCCCUCUACCAGAAUGUGCUCUUCUACUUUGAGGGCGAGCAGAGCUGCCGCCCGGCGGGCAUGUACCUCCUGGAGGGCUGCAGCUGCGAGCGGGCACUCGCGCCGCCCAGGGCCGGGGCCGGGCCGGGCGGCGCCCGGGACGCUCUGGAUAAGCAGUAUUACUUUACUGUUCUUUUUGGCCACGAAGGUCAGAAACCACUAGAGCUGCGCUGUGAGGAGGAGCAGGACGGUAAAGAGUGGAUGGAGGCCAUUCACCAAGCCAGUUAUGCAGACAUUUUGAUUGAGAGGGAGGUGUUAAUGCAGAAGUACAUUCAUCUAGUUCAGAUCGUAGAGACAGAAAAAAUUGCAGCUAACCAACUCCGACAUCAACUUGAAGAUCAAGAUACAGAAAUCGAAAGGCUUAAAUCAGAGAUUAUCGCUCUUAAUAAAACCAAGGAACGAAUGCGACCUUACCAAAGCAAUCAAGAAGAUGAGGAUCCAGACAUCAAGAAGAUUAAAAAGGUUCAGAGCUUCAUGCGAGGAUGGUUAUGUAGAAGGAAAUGGAAGACCAUUGUGCAGGAUUACAUUUGUUCCCCUCAUGCUGAAAGUAUGAGGAAGAGAAACCAGAUUGUGUUCACCAUGGUUGAGGCCGAGUCGGAGUACGUUCACCAGCUCUACAUCCUGGUCAACGGCUUCCUGCGGCCCCUGCGCAUGGCGGCCAGCUCCAAGAAGCCCCCCAUCAGCCACGAUGAUGUCAGCAGUAUUUUUCUCAACAGUGAAACAAUCAUGUUUCUUCAUGAAAUCUUUCAUCAAGGACUGAAGGCAAGGAUAGCCAAUUGGCCUACUUUAAUUUUAGCUGAUCUGUUUGAUAUUUUGCUCCCCAUGCUGAACAUUUAUCAAGAAUUUGUGCGUAAUCACCAGUACAGCCUCCAAGUGCUCGCCAAUUGUAAGCAAAACAGAGAUUUUGACAAACUCUUAAAACAGUACGAAGCUAACCCUGCCUGUGAGGGGAGGAUGCUGGAGACGUUCUUGACCUAUCCAAUGUUUCAGAUCCCCAGGUAUAUCAUCACACUUCAUGAACUCCUAGCCCAUACUCCCCAUGAGCAUGUGGAGAGGAAAAGUCUGGAGUUUGCUAAAUCCAAACUAGAAGAACUGUCCAGGGUCAUGCAUGAUGAAGUGAGUGACACUGAAAACAUAAGGAAGAACCUCGCCAUAGAAAGAAUGAUCGUAGAGGGCUGUGAUAUUUUGCUGGACACUAGCCAAACUUUCAUCCGCCAAGGUUCUCUUAUUCAAGUACCUUCCGUUGAGAGGGGGAAACUUAGUAAAGUUCGCCUGGGUUCAUUGUCUUUGAAAAAGGAAGGAGAAAGACAAUGCUUCUUGUUUACAAAACACUUUUUAAUUUGUACAAGAAGUUCAGGAGGAAAGCUACAUCUGCUCAAGACAGGUGGAGUUCUCUCUCUAAUAGAAUGUACAUUGGUUGAGGAGCCCGAUACAAGCGAUGAUGACUCCAAAGGUUCUGGGCAAGUGUUUGGACACCUGGAUUUUAAAAUAGUGGUGGAGCCUCCUGACGCUGCCCCUUUCACUGUGGUCUUGUUAGCACCUUCACGCCAGGAGAAAGCUGCCUGGACAAGUGACAUCAGUCAGUGUGUGGACAACAUACGGUGUAAUGGUUUAAUGACUAUAGUGUUUGAAGAAAAUUCCAAAGUUUCUGUGCCACAUAUGAUUAAGUCUGAUGCCCGUCUUCACAAGGAUGACACUGACAUUUGCUUCAGUAAAACACUCAACUCCUGCAAAGUGCCCCAGAUCCGUUAUGCCAGCGUGGAGCGCCUCUUGGAGCGACUGACAGACCUGCGGUUUCUUAGUAUCGAUUUCCUCAAUACCUUUCUGCACACCUAUCGGAUUUUCACGACGGCAGCCGUGGUGCUGGGGAAGCUUUCUGACAUAUACAAGAGGCCUUUCACCUCUAUCCCUGUCAGGUCGUUGGAAUUGUUUUUCGCUACCAGCCAGAAUAGCAGAGGUGAACACUUGGUGGAUGGCAAAUCCCCGCGCCUGUGUCGCAAAUUCUCUUCCCCACCACCAUUGGCUGUGUCCAGAACGUCCUCCCCAGUGAGGGCCAGAAAGUUGUCCUUGACUUCUCCCUUGAACUCAAGGAUAGGAGCGUUGGACCUGACCACCUGCUCAGCGUCCAGCAGUCCCACCACCACUCACAGCCCUGCUGCAUCCCCACCACCACACACUGGUAAAGUACCGCUGGAUCUUAGCCGAGGCCUUUCUUCUCCAGAACAAAGCCCAGGAUCUGUAGAAGAGCAUGUAGUUAACCCCCGCGUGGAUCUGUGUAACAAGCUAAAACGAAGUAUUCAAAGAGCAGCAGUGCUAGAGUCUGCGCCGGUGGACCGAGCAGGAGUGGAAAGCUCCCCCGCGGCAGAUGCCACCGAACCUUCACCUUGCAGGUCACCCUCAACUCCUCGGCACCUCCGCUACCGCCAGCCCGGAGGACAGACUGCCGACAACUCCCACUGCUCUGUUUCGCCUGCUUCUGCUUUUGCAAUUGCCACAGCUGCAGCAGGACAUGGGAGUCCACCUGGAUUUAACAACACCGAGAGAACAUGUGACAAAGAGUUUAUCAUACGUAGAACAGCCACCAAUCGCGUACUGAACGUCCUCCGUCACUGGGUCUCAAAGCACGCACAGGAUUUCGAACUCAACAACGAACUAAAGAUGAACGUCCUAAACUUGCUAGAAGAAGUUUUACGAGACCCAGAUCUUCUUCCCCAAGAACGGAAAGCCACAGCGAAUAUCCUGAGGGCCCUUUCACAAGAUGAUCAAGAUGACAUCCACCUAAAACUGGAGGAUAUAAUUCAGCUGACAGACUGUCCGAAGGCCGAGUGCUUUGAGACCUUGUCGGCCAUGGAGCUGGCUGAGCAGAUCACCCUCCUGGACCACAUCGUUUUCAGAAGCAUUCCCUACGAAGAAUUUCUUGGGCAGGGGUGGAUGAAGCUGGAUAAAAAUGAAAGAACACCUUACAUUAUGAAAACCAGCCAACACUUCAAUGAUAUGAGUAACCUGGUGGCCUCCCAGAUCAUGAAUUAUGCGGAUGUCAGCUCCCGAGCCAACGCAAUUGAGAAGUGGGUGGCCGUGGCGGACAUCUGCCGGUGCCUGCACAACUACAACGGCGUGCUGGAGAUCACCUCAGCCUUAAACAGAAGUGCUAUCUACCGGCUGAAGAAAACCUGGGCCAAGGUGUCGAAGCAGACAAAAGCUCUAAUGGACAAGCUUCAGAAGACUAUUUCAUCUGAAGGAAGAUUUAAAAAUCUCAGAGAAACCCUUAAAAAUUGUAACCCCCCUGCUGUUCCUUAUCUGGGAAUGUACCUGACAGACCUGGCGUUUAUUGAAGAAGGAACACCAAACUUUACUGAGGAAGGCCUCGUCAAUUUCUCCAAGAUGAGAAUGAUAUCACACAUCAUCAGAGAGAUACGCCAGUUCCAGCAGACUUCCUAUCGAAUAGACCAUCAGCCAAAGGUCACUCAGUACUUGCUUGACAAAGCCCUCAUCAUAGAUGAAGAUACACUGUAUGAGCUGUCUCUAAAAAUUGAACCUCGGCUCCCAGCUUGACGAUCCAGCCUUGCCCUGAGUCGGUGGAAUUUUCGUGGAAAGCAGAAGGGACAGAACUGUGCAUGCCACGCCUCCCACAGUGCAGGGAGGACGGGGGUGAUGGAGACGAAGCCAGUCUCCUUUGUCCCCCGAAGAUGAUGGAACCAAACGGGAAUUCUGUCUCCAGCCAGGGGAGCCCAGUUGGUUGGAGUGGAAGACAGAUGCUUCAGACUUGGGUGGGAAGGUGAAGAGAUUGAUAUUUGGUAAAGGUGAGGGCACAUUUGCAUGAGGGAAUAUAAGACGGGAGGUGCUGGUAGCCAUUUUAAUGAAGCAGGUAAGAAGGGGAAUUUGAAACUCUGCUGCAUAUUCUAUUAGAACUCGGGGACGAGGGUCCAUAGAAAAGGCUUGUGAUGUUUCGCUGGCACUUUACUGGCCCGGUGCACCUCCCAGUCUUCUCCUAGGGUUUAACUGCUUCUGUUACAUUUCCUUUGUUACAGGCUUCCAGAAGAGCCGAGGCUGCCUCUGUAGGGAUGGGCUGACACAUAAGCAAUUUCAGUCCUCAGCAUGUGCAUGGUCCUCAGUGCAUCAUAAAUAUUUAUAUUGGAGGGAUGGCAUGUUCUGAAACUGCUCUUUCAGUCUUUAGGCAACAGGACAGGGAAGACAGGUUGAAAGUCAAGUGGAUUUGUACGUAACAUUUCCAUAAUUAAAAACUCAGUAGCCGUGCCCCUGAGGAGCCCAGCCAGUGGCUCUCUCGAGGUGGAGGAGUGGGGGGCUUCUUCCUGAGGCUGUGGAGACCAGGAAGCCAAUGCCCUUGGAGAGACAGGUGCAGGCUUUGCAAAACGAUGCCCACGCACCUCACCGGCAAAACUGUGGAAUACGACAAAAGGCCACAAAGUGCUACAGGGAAGAGUGGGUUUCAAUGCUAAGUGAAAAGAUAUACUUAAAAAUCAUCUCUGCACCUUGCUGUGCUUGUUUUAUUCCCUCCCCCCCUGCCGCCCCCCACCAUUGGUAAUGUGGGAAUCUAUUCUGAUUUACACAAACCAUUUUUAGCCUCACUAUGAACGUUGAUUGUAUUUUUUUUAAAAAAAAGCUGUUUAGUGGGAUUUUCUUUUUAAAACCCACCCUUCCGUGUGCUGUUGGUAGACGGUUCUUCCUCAGUCUUUAAAUUUUGAGACAUUUCUGAGUGAAAAUAUUGUAAGUAUAUGGGAAAUGGACCCAACCACUCAACAGCCCUUGUGUCAGAAAACCAAAUGCAGGGGUUAGUCCUCCUACCCUAGGCUGGGAAAGCAACCUUGCUUCUCCCAGGAUUGUUGGUUGUUGAAGAAAUAGGGCUAUCUCAUGUUUACCUCCCUCUUCUCUUCUCAGGGAGACCUCUGCUUUCAAAGAAGAGAAAAGAUAUAGAGUUAUUGUUACCUGAGCCUAUGGCAUCUGGCAGGCAUGAAGCAUAUUGAUGCAGACAAUGAAAAAAAAAAAUUGACCUGGCUGCUUUCUCUCUUUCUUUGCACUUUAAUUAUGUUGUUAGAGCUGACAGCUGACUAAUAAAUUCAGCUUGCUGGCUCAUAAGACCCAGGGAACUGAUAAUGUCCCACAGAGGUGGAGAAUGUACAUUUUUCCUGCAUGGUAAGGGCCAUGUCUGUACAUAACUAUAUAGUGAAAUAUCAAGUAAGUAAAAGAAAAUACUUAUCAUAUUUGAAGACCAUUCCAAAAAUAUUUUCAAUAGCUCAUAUUAGCCAACAGGAUAGCACUAAACCCAAGGAGGGUGACUUAUGGAUGCUUUAUUUUUCUUUUUUAAAAAAAAGUUGCUUGUUUUUUCUCUUUAAUUUCAAAUAAGAGGUUGAUGCAUCUUGAUGCAUGAUAAGAAGCAUGGGUUGUUUGGAUCCUAACAACGCAUAACUUACCAUUUGUUUCUCAAUGUUCAGAAACAGAGUUUGAACUAAUAUAUGUCAAUUGCACCGAGCACCUCAAAGUCUUGCAAAAGAAUAAGAAAGUCAAGGUUAACUUUCUUGGUGCAAAAACAUAGUUUUGAAGGUGAACUAAAAUCAGGACAAAUCAGUGGAAGGACCACACACAUAGUAGUUUCAGGCAGAGCAACAUGCAGAAAGGUUGAUGCAUCGGACUCUGCCCUUAGAAUCCCCAAAGUCUUCCAGAAGGGAGGGUGUGGUUCUGUGGGCACUGUCCCUGGAAAUUUGGACCCUUAAUUCUCUGACCCAAAUGUUGCAGAGGCAAUGAAGCCAUUCUUUUUUUUUUUUUUUUUUUUUGCGGUACGCGGGCCUCUCACUGUUGUGGCCUCUCCCAUUGCGGAGCACAGGCUCCGGACGCGCAGGCUCAGCGGCCAUGGCUGACGGGCCCAGCCGCUCCGCGGCAUGUGGGAUCUUCCCGGACCGGGGCACGAACCCGUGUCUGCCUGCAUGAGCAGGCGGACUCUCAACCACUGCGCCACCAGGGAAGCCCGCAGCCAUUCUUAUUAGAGAAAAAUAGGAACUAGAGGAAUUUCCAAAUACUUCUCCCCUUUUGGCAUACAGGUUUUCCUCAACUAGUGACCCAAAGCUUUCAGGCCUAUUUCCUGCAGAAUGUUGGAAGCGCCCCCCAGUGGUCAACUUUGGGCACUGUCAGUAGUCUAUGCUGACCUUUUGCAUUUUAUUGAGAGUCACACACCCCUCCUUCUGCUUCGUAGAGUCUGAAGCCUUGCUGGAGCUGCAAGAGAGAGAACUCCACCUCCAAGGGAGUUGCUUUUGAUGACCUGCAUUAUUUGGGGGCCAGCUGGGAGAGGAAAGUGCAUUUUUCAAUUUGGUCACAUUUAAAAUCCCCAAGAGCAAUUUGUGGUUUCUUUUUGAUUGUUUAAAGUACCCAUCCUCUCUGCCUUGCAAGCUUUGUGUGACUGUUGGAGCGUGCACCCCUGGCUGUGUCUGCUUAUAUUCUAUUAUAUGAGACCCAUUUCUAUGAGUGGAUGGGAGGUCAGCCCCUAACAGCCAAGUAGGGAACACAUAUUCUUGCAAAAUGAACCCAGAAAAUCAGAAGUAAAAUCCAGUUUCUUGCUUUCAGAUGAAUACCCACAUUUUGUGUUGUCAAUGAAAUUAUCUUGGGGAUUUUAGGAGAUGCCUUUGGUUAUUAACUAAGACAUCCAGUUUUGCUACAGGGACAAAUCUCUUACAUAAGCCAAUAUAUUACACAGAUUUAGGAAUGAAGUAGAAUGUUGUCGCUUUUCCUUAGUGUUUCUCUGAAGGAAUUUAAAGAGGGAAUUUUAAACAACUGUUGUAGUAUUUUCAACUGGCUUUGACACCAAGUCCCCACUACUGUUUGCUAAAUUUCAGUACAGAUACUGAAUACCUUUGCAGAGAAAACUCCCUUAUGUUCCAGUUUGGAGUGUGGGUGAUGAUGGACCCGCCCCUCUUUUUUUUUCUCACAGUGCUAUAACAGACAAGACCAUGGGUCAGCAAUGAUUGGGCCACUUUUAAAUUCUUAACUAAAAAGAGUAAUGCAAUAGAGGGGUUGUUCCUAAUAAAAUUAACUUUUAUUUUAAAAUAAAAGAUUUUAUUUAGCUUUUCUUUUCAAAGUUUUAUCUUAUUCCCCCUGGAUGGGAAAAAAAGAAGAAAAAAACCUUUCCCUUCACUUUAUAAGAUUUUUUAAAAACCAGCCUGUGAAGUUUAUCAUUUUUACUGCUGUUGAAAUGGUAUAAAAGAUAACAUUAUUUAUGGCUAAAGGAUAGAGCUAGGCUAAUGUCCACAGCCAGAAGGAGUAAGUGAAUAGGAUUCAUUUUCAUUUCAGAAAGACAACAGAUUGUAGCUUUAAAUAAUGACUUGAUUACAGACACCACUGUGUGAAUCCUGGUAAUAAGACUUGAGUCAAUGAAAUCUAAUUAGAGUGUCAUUUCUCCAUGUCUGUCAGUGACUUAAAAUUAAGGCAGGGCAGAGCUAAAGUAGAAAACAACCAUUUUGUUGUAGGUAUAAACACACGAAUGAUUCAGAAAAUUAUUCAUCUUGGCUACCACACCACAUGACGUUAAUAUUAGGGUUGAUUUGAUUGUACUUGAUCUCACUUGCUCAAGAAAAAUAAUAGUUCAUCAAUAAAUGAUGUUGAACCACUGUCUUUGACACCACCAUUGAGUUUUCCAUGGAAAGGCAGUCGUGAAAGAGCACUGGACUAGGCAUCCUAGCCCUGAGUCCUAGGCUCAGAUCUACAUCUAAAGCCUUAGGCCAGUGCUGAAACCUCUCUGAUCCUCAGUUUCUUCAUCUGUGAAAUGGAGUUAAUAGUGAUUCCUGUGCUGCCUACCUCACAGGGCUGUCAUGAGGACAAAAUGGAUUAGACUGUAAACCGUAAAGUGCUGUCCAAAUGUGAGGUAACUUGAUUACCAUCCUCAUCUCUCUUCUGCAGAGGAUUUAAGUGUAUUUCUUUGUGAUUUGUAUGUGUGUGUGAUGGACAAACCCAUGUGUUACUUUGAGAAUUAUAUUGUUUUGUCCAGUUGCUUUGCAAAUCUAUGGACAUUUGUGACUCCGCCAGAGGGGUUUGUGCUGUGGCCUAACACUUGCCGGGUGAGGUGUGGGUUAUGCCUGUAUGCAAAUUAAACUUUGCCUUUCUCGAAUUCUCCAAAA